AUGGCCCCUGGGCCCUGCUCGCGCCCUGCCUGCCCGGCUGCCGGUGGUGCGGGCACGUGGGGUGCAGGUGGUGCGGCGACAGGGGGUGCCGCUGGUGUGGCGACGGGGCAGAUGCGCCGUGCGACGACGUGGAGAGAGGGGCGCAGGCAGGAGAGGGAGGGGGAGGGGGAGGGGGAGGGGGAGGGGGAGGGGGAGGGACGCAGCUGCUGUGGGGCACGGGCGUGGGGUGCUGCGAGGGUGGGCAAUAAGGGAGAUGGGGGAGAGGGAGGGGGUAUUGAAGGGUGGGAAGGAGAGGCGAGAUUGUUGCUGCUGCCCCUGCCAGCACAGCCAUCUCGACUCACAGCAGCGCAGUCAAAUUUCCUCGUCACCCAAUUCAGUGCGCGGCGGUGGUGCCCGUACUGCCGCGUGCAGCAGCCGGUGCGCGCCAAGCACUGCUACGACUGCGGGCGCUGUGUGCUGCGCUUCGACCACCACUGCUUCUGGGUCUCCACCUGCAUCGGCCUGCGCAACCACGCCCGCUUCUGGGUGUACCUGGUGCUGGAGUGUUGCCUCACGUGGUGGUCGCUCAUCAUCUGCCUCUCCGCCUUCACUGCCCCCGUCUCACCCAACCACUGGUUGGAGCACCAGCUGUCAGCGCUGGCGUUCACUGCUCUGCUGCUGCCACUCGCCGUGUUCCUCGCCAUCCUCGUGUGCUUCCACACGCAUCUAAUUCUCACGGCGCAGACAACAUAUGAAGCCACCAGGAAGCAUCGCAUCUCCUAUCUGCGGUCGGUACCCGGGGACGUGCAUCCCUUCAGCCAGGGCGCCUGUCGCAACGUGAUGCACCUCUGCUGCCUCACCCGCCAUGUGCUGCCGCUCUAUGCCGUCCCAUCGCCAGCCGUGCUGCACGCCAUGGCCUCUGGGGCAUACACCGCUCCGUCAAGGACAUGGGGCCCAUGCUGCUCCUGA